UAGGAAAUACUAUAGUUCAUUCAGAGUCAAGCCAGCGUUUGUGUUGACUGCUCAGAGUCCACGAACUUGGGCUUCUGUUUCUUAUCUUGUCUCCUCCAUCCAAAAGCUCCUGGGUCUUUUUUUUCCCCUUUGUAACGGUUUCUAGGAGUUUGCACUCAUGGCUUAUCACAGCUUUUUACUGGAACCAAUCAGCUGCCACGCCUGGAACAAGGACCGCACUCAAAUCGCUCUGUGUCCAAACAACCAUGAUGUGCACAUCUAUAAAAAGGAGGGUUCUGGCUGGACCAAAAUUCAUGUUCUGAAGGAGCAUAAUGGACAAGUGACAGGCAUCGACUGGGCCCCUGAGAGCAACCGCAUCGUCACCUGUGGUACCGACCGUAACGCUUACGUCUGGAGCCUGAAGGGAGACGUGUGGAAACCCACCCUCGUCAUCCUGAGGAUCAACCGCGCUGCUCGCUGUGUGAAGUGGUCUCCCAAAGAGAACAAGUUUGCGGUGGGCAGUGGCUCACGGCUCAUCUCCGUGUGUUACUUUGAGCAGGAGAAUGACUGGUGGGUUUGCAAGCACAUUAAAAAGCCUAUUCGUUCCACCAUUCUCUGCUUGGACUGGCACCCUAACAACGUCCUGCUGGCAGCUGGGUCAUGUGACUUCAAAUGCAGGAUCUUCUCGGCUUACAUCAAGGAGGUGGAGGAGAAGCCCGCCCCUACGCCCUGGGGUUCUAAGAUGCCCUUUGGAGAGGUGAUGUUUGAAUCAAGUGGCACGGCUGGCUGGGUCCACGGAGUGUGCUUCUCGGACAGUGGCAACCGUGUGGCCUGGGCCAGCCACGACAGCACCGUGGCCGUGGCAGAGGGAGGCAAGAGUGCCACGAUCACCAGCUUGACCUCCGAGACCCUGCCCCUGCUCUGCGUGACCUUCAUCACAGAGAAUAGCUUGGUGGCGGCGGGACACGACUGCUACCCGGCACUGUUUGUCUACAACGGGGACAAGGGGGCUCUGACUUUUGGGGGGAAACUUGAUGUGCCAAAACAAAGCGCUCAGAAGGGGAUGACAGCCAGAGAGCGCUUCCAGAACCUGGAUAAGAAGGCCUCCGAGAGCAAGGAGGCCGUGCUGGAAUCCCUGCACAAAAAUAGCAUCAGCCAAAUCACAAUACUGGAAGGUGGAAAAGCCAAGUGCACCAAAUUCUGCACCACUGGUAUGGAUGGAGGCAUGGUCGUAUGGGAUGUGAAGACACUUGAAUCUGCUAUGAAGGACCUGAAGAUCAUCUGACACCAGACUUCAUGAUGUACUUCCAAAACCCUGCCCUGCCUGCCUUGCUUCAAAUAGUACUAAAAUAAAAUUCAAAUAUAUGUGUAACAACUGAA